GUAGAGAACCUCAAAGGCAUAAUGAAACCCUAUGGGCUUUGUGUUAUCAUCGUUCAGCUGUCUUUGGCUGCAGGAAUGGAUGCUGAUUGGACUGGUCAAAGGCAUCCUUCAGGCUCUAAUCUAGGAAACAGGGCAUAUCCUCAGAUGACUCCACCAAGGUUUGACUCACUACACAUGGCUCCUGGAGAUGCUGGGAAAUGGCCAACUGAUCGUUUCAGAGACACUGGAGAUUCCAAACAAAUGAGUGUAAUCAAUACUAGUGUAGGUUUGUGGUUUACAGGACCUCAGAUUUUAUCUAUGUUAAAGACAAAAUGUCGGGGGAUCACUGAUAGCAGGAGUCCUGCUUUUCAUGCACUGUGUUCCAUAAAUCAGACGGUUCCUGCUUGUGGCACAUGUCUCACUAAGGAGGCCUUCCCAGUUUAUUUGACCCAUUCAGACACAGAGGAUACAUUUGAGACAGAAAUUGUGUCUAACCAGCAACUUACGACCUUUAAGAAAGGUGAUACUAAAUACAGCCACCAGACUAUAGUUAUUAUGGAAGAAGACCCUGCAGUGAUUGAGUCAGCCACUUACCUAUUUGAGAGACAUCCCACGGUAUCAACUUUGCUGCAGUACCAGAAGGGGGCGCUGCAUGUUCUCAGGGGAAGUCAUUUCUCAUCUACUAGAAAUCAUGUCAUACUGGUUGGCCAUGGAAGCAAUGGUACCAAUGGACCAGUCCAGCUAGGUGGUUAUGGCCCAGAGGAACUUGCCAGAGUUGUGUCAACCUUAAAAAGUCAAAGUAUCUUCAGUCAUCUUGGCACCAUAAGCAUCGUCAGCUGCAACCUUGGAAAUGACCGGCACUUUAUGUUGCAGCUGCUGCAAGUUCUCCGAUCUUUUAGUGUGGAAACAAAGCUGCACCUACACAACUCCUUGCUGUCCGUUAGCUCUGAUGGAGCAAUAAUGACUUGGACUGACGGCGUCUGGAGGGCUCAUGACCACAGCAGAAGAGUCAUUGCUGAACUGGACCAAAGAGGUGACCUGCUUACGAAGGUAGAACUAGGCUGUGCAGGGCCUGUCUUUCCUGAUUAUAAAGGAAAUGUUUUGUAUAUUCAGACAUUGGAGUGGCCAAGCCACCCUCAAAUGUUUGUUCCAGUGGAGCUGCGUAAAAAGUACCCUUCCAUUAUCUGCCUGGAGGGGCUUACUUGGAGCUUGUUCUUUGAGGAGAAUGAAAGAAGACGUGCAUCUGAUUAUGUCCCCAGUCAAAAACACCUGAAAGCAAUUUGGCUUACAGAGCCAGGACCAGAUGAAGACAACAUUGUCUUCAAGCAUAUCAGUAACAUCCAGGAUCUACUUGUAGAGAUACGAUACAAUGCCAGAGAGGAAGUUGCGUCAGACCUUUACUACGUUCUCAAUGAAUGCAUUUACAAAGUACAUGGGAAAAAUCUUAGUGUAAGUCUGGUGGGCAAGUUCAUGAGCACUGACAACCAAGCAGAAAUUGAUCUUUUCCGUCAGAACUUCAAUGUUCAGCAGGGUGAGCCCUCCCUGCAGGAGCUGAGACAGGGGCUCAAAGCAUCCAAAUUCAAUGACUUCUGUCGCCAGACUUUCCAGUUCCAGCAGUGUAACUUCAACUGUGAGAGAUGGGGUCAGUACUUCAUGGCUGCUGUGUUUUCAGCAUCAGUGCGGAACUUCAGAACCUUCUCGCUUUUCCUCAUGAGUGUCAUAGGUUGUGAGGUAGGCCGCUCACGGGGGAUGGACAGCCCCCUGUGCACAGCAUUUGUUGGCGCUGAACACCCCAUGGUGACUGAUGAUCCCUGGCCUGAACCUCUGCAACGAGGAUUCUAUGGGUGCUCUGUUGACAACUAUGAACAGGCUCCGCCCAACAGACAGAUUUGGUUAGAUCAAGUUGUAGCAAAGGAAAACGCCCUGUACGUCGCCUCGAAGCAGAUAAUGAAUGCUGCCGUCCGUGAUGAGCAAACAGAGCUGGACAUCUUUGGGAAGGUCAAAGUCAUGAAUAAGUACGUGUUCUCAUCUUAUCUAGAAUUCUUUCGAGGUACACCUGAGGGAAAGAAACUCAAGAGAGGAUGUACUCCCUCUUUCCAAGAGAAUUUAAACCCAUAAUGGUGAAACGUGUGAUUCAUGUAGUUCAUUUCAUUUUGUUUUCGUUGCAUAGUUGGCUCCAGUAUUCUUCUAAGCAGAAUGGUCCGACACAGUUUUGCCUGAUGCUGAUAUGACAUUGCAAUAAAGUGCCAUGCAGUCUACCUCUAGUGCUUCAGCUUGCUGCACAGUUUGAUAGUGUUUUAAUAGCUAGAAGAGUGGAACUAAUCUUGAUAAUGUAGCAAAUUAAAGCAAUAAAACAUAACUGUUACAGCCGACAUGUCACAUUUUCUUAGAAACUACUUACACUAUGUGAGACCAAUUGUUUCUUACUAAACCAAUAAAUGAUUAAAUCAUAA